CACAACGAGAGGUUUAAAGCCAGAACCAAGGCUAGAUUCUCUAACACUCAGACGUCCUUCUUUGGUUUGACCUCAACAUGUGGUGGACACUAGUCUUUGUGGCUCACUCACUGCCACUUGCCUUCUGCUACAAAAGUCUGUUGACAGCAGCAACGGGCAGCAGCAAGGCUACAGUCUGGAACUGAUGGCCACGUCCAUCAGGCAGCUGACAGAGCUGACCAAGACACUGGACAAGAGACUUGAACUGGUGCAGACAAUGGAAAGGAAACUUGAGUUAGUGGAAACAUUUGAACAGAAAAUUCCCUUAGUAGAAAAAUUGGAAAGAAGACUUGAUUUAGCGGAGAGUAUGGUGAAAAAAUUGGACUUAUUAGAGAAACUGGAAAAAAGACUUGAAUUAAUGGAAAAUAGGCUUCACGUAGUGGAGAAAAGAGAAAUCAGACAAGAUCAAGAAGACAACAAGAUCAAGCUUAAAACGGGACUCGAGGAACCCGAGGAAAAGGAUACUAAAGCAUCAAAUCAGAUAGUAAACAAAACAACAGCUGGACGACAGGAGUCUCAACGCUUGGAGAAAAGGUCAGACGACGCAGACACGUGGGAGCCUGUCGUGGCUCAGGUGACACAACGACUGACCCUGGCGGAGGCCAACAUCCAGGCCUUGAAGAAUGCUGACGUCAUACAAGAGCAGAUGACAGGUACGGUGUACGUCCGCUGGGGUCACGAUGAUUGCCCAAUCCACGCUGAAACGGUUUACUCAGGAUACGUCGGGGGAUCGUGGUACGGAGAUUCAGGGGCAGCUUCGAAUUACUUGUGUUUGCCACCUGAGCCUUCUUUCGGCAUCCAUACGCUUCUUAAUAACGGAUUUGCGAAGGUAUUUGGCGCGGAGUAUGAAACUUGUUCCGACCAGGAGUGUAACACUACUCCUACCGCGCUGUGUCGUAUACCGCGGGCCUCUUCUGUAGUCAUACCGGCUAGAAGUUCCUGUUACCCUGGGUGGACUCUGGAGUACUCUGGGUACCUCAUGGCCAAUGAGCAUGGCUCCUUGGCCAACAUGGAGUAUAUCUGUGUGGACGCCAGUCGAAGGUACCUUCCUGAUUCCCAGGCAAACAGCGAUGGCGCCAGACUUUAUUACACAGUUUAUGAGUGUGGUAGUCUAGCAUGUCCUCCUUACACUGGAGGCAAACUCGUUUUGUGUGCUGUUUGCUCUAAAUGAAUACAAGUUGUUGUCAGAAAGCUGAUCUAAAAUAUAAAUCCAUACAACACA